AUGUUUGAUUCAGGCUAUCCACUCCGUUUCUUGAUUUACAAUGGAGAUGCUGAUAUGGCUUGCCAAUUUAUGGGCGAUCAAUGGUUUAUUGAGCGAUUCGUGGCAAAUAAUAAAAUGCCUGUGACUUCUCCCCGACAAAUCUGGAACUACACCCGAUCCACCGAUUUCCUUCCAAGAGUUGGCGGUUUUGCGAAAACGUUCGCGAAGAGCAAAAUGAGUAUUGAUUUGUUGACGGUUCGGGGUGCCGGCCACAUGGUACCCACCGAUCGACCGGGUCCCGGCUAUCAAAUGAUUGCGAAUUUCAUCCAAUCAAUCAACUACACCAAACUCGUCACUCUCGAUCUCACCCCUCAACCGCUUCUCCCGCAAUAUCAACCAACACCACAAAAGAGCUGGACUCGCAAGCAAGCUGAUCGAAUUUGGACUCUUCCUGGAUUAACCUACAAUCUCAACUUCAAGCAAUACUCUGGAUAUUUGAAAGGAAUCGAUGGGAAUUAUUUGCAUUAUUGGUUCUUGGAAUCUCAAGGAAACCCCACCACGGAUCCCCUUGUUUUGUGGUUGAAUGGAGGACCCGGAUGCUCAUCUUUGGGAGGUCUUCUCACCGAACUGGGUCCAUUCCAUCCGAAUCCCGAUGGAAAGACAUUGUACGAGAAUGUCUACUCGUGGAACAAGGUUGCUAACAUGUUAUUCUUGGAGGGACCGAGGAAUGUCGGAUUUUCAGUGCAAAAUGUCUCCAUCAAUCCCGAUUCAACGUACAAUGAUGAGAAGACAGCUCAAGACAACUAUUUGGCGUUGAAAGACUUUUUGACGAUUUUCCCUGAGUUCGUUAAUCGACCAUUCUAUGUGACUGGUGAAUCCUAUGGAGGAGUUUACGUGCCGACAUUGACGAGCUUAUUGAUCGACAAAAUUCAGUCAGGUGAAUUGCAAGGGCUGAACCUCGUGGGAAUGGCUGUUGGAAAUGGAGAACUCUCGGCGAUUCAACAGAUCAAUUCCGCCAUUCAUCUCCUUUAUUUCCAUGGAUUGUAUGGAAAAAAAGAAUGGGAUUCCCUUCUUCAAUGCUGUGAUUCAAGCAGCAAUGAUCCGACUUGGUUUGAGUAUUGUGAUUUCACUAAGCAUAUCUAUAUCGAUUCGGCUGGAAACGCUUUCCCGAAAGACAACAAUUCCUAUUGUGGACCACUUGUCGCUCAAUUGGGACAAUGGAGAGUUUGGAAUACGAUCAACGAUGUCUACAAUAUUUAUCAAGAUUGUUAUCAACAAACGUCGAUUGUUUUCGGAUCAAGAAAUCUUAACAAACAUAAGGAGAAGAUUCGAGCUCAUUUGGAGCAACUUUUCAUCGAUCAAGGAGCUAAAAUCUCCACUUAUUCCACAGACAAUCAAGGCGGAUUCCCGUGUUUUGCCUCAGCUGCAGCUGCCAACUAUUUGAAUUCAAAUGAUGUCCGCAAUGCUCUCCAUAUUUCUCCAAUGGCCGGCGAUUGGGCUGAUUGCAAUGACACGAUCAACGCCAUUUACCUUCAACAGCACAACGACACAGGAGCUGUUUUUGAUCAUAUUGUGAAAUCCCGUUACCCAUUGCGCAUGUUGAUUUAUAAUGGAGAUGUUGAUCAGGCUUGCAAUUUCCUUGGCGAUCAAUGGUUUGUCGACUCGUUGGCAAAAAGACAAGAUAUGAAAGUGGCAAAAAAGAGAAAAGAAUGGAGAUACAUGAAUCAAAUCGCCGGCUACAACAAGCAGUACUCGUACGGCCAAGGAACAAUCGAUGUGCUCACUGUUAAAGGAGCCGGCCACUUGGUGCCCACGGAUCGUCCAGGGCCAGCGCUGCAAAUGUUCGCGAAUUUCUUGCGAGCUCAAGAUUACAGCAACAAUCUCAUUUACACAUCGAAUCUCUCACCGCUCACUGAUGAUUUCCGAAUUGCUGAGAGGGUCGCAUUCGCGUCAAAUUAUAUUCCGAUGCCUCAAUCGAAAGCAAAAGGUCCAUCCGUUUCGGAGCAUUACGGAAAAGCCCAGAGAAACCUCAAAAAGGAGAGAAAUUUGAACGAAUCGACGAAGAAGAGAACGACCUUUGCUUCCCUUCCCCCACCUCCACCCGGCAACAAGACAACCGAUGCGAUCGAUUUGAGCAAAUUACCCGGAUUGACAUUCACCCCGAAUUUCAAGAUGUACUCUGGAUAUCUGAAAGCAUCUCCUGGAAAUAAUCUAUUCUAUUGGUUUGUCGAAUCUCAAACGAAUCCCACAACCGAUCCACUUGUCUUGUGGCUGAAUGGAGGUCCCGGCUGCUCAUCACUUGGCGGUUUCUUCCAAGAGCUCGGCCCAUUAAGGAACAAUCCCGACGGAACGACGAUUUUCGAGAACAUUUAUGCAUGGAAUAAGUAUGCAAAUGUGUUAUUCAUGGAGGCUCCAAGGGGCGUCGGUUUUUCUUAUCGAUCCAAUGAUGUGCCGGAAGAUAACAAUUACAAUGAUCAAUAUACCGCAUCCGACAACGUGCUUGGAUUGGCCUCGUUCUUCCAACGAUUCCCCGAGUACAAUGGACGAGACUUUUACAUUACUGGUGAAUCAUAUGGUGGAGUUUACAUUCCGACACUCACCGACGCGCUUAUCAAGAAAAUUCAAGAUAAAACCUAUCCAAACAUCAAAUUGGCUGGCAUUGGUAUUGGAAAUGGAGAGCUCUCCGAGAUUCAGCAAAUCAACUCCGCCAUUUCACUCACAUAUUUUAAGGGAUUGCACGACAAAGACGAUUUCGACUCACUAAAGCCUUGCUGUCAGAAUCUUGGUGCAACGCCGAUGUCAUACUGCAAUUUCAUGCAAUAUGUCACACUAGAUACGUCCGGAAAUGCCUGGCCAACGAAAAAUGACAAUUCGACGGCGGCCAUGUGCGGCAAUGCGAUUGUUCAACAAGGAUUUUUGGAUAUUUGGACAACCGACAAUGAUGUCUACAAUACAUAUCAAGAUUGUUAUUCAACAUCGAGCGACAUCAACACUCUUUUCGAUGUCAAGAAAGCGAGAAAAGCGUCGAGUUUCGAGAGAAGACGCGCGAAAAGAGCCGCCAUUCAACCACUCAGCAAUGCCAAGCUUUUCGUCGAUCAAGCUAAACAAGUCAACUAUGCGUCAACAGAUGCUGGCCAAGGAUUCACUUGUUAUAAUGGAGAUGCUGCUGACCAAUAUCUCAACAAUCCUGAUGUCCGUAAAGCUCUCCACAUUGUCGAGAAUUUCGGUCGAUGGGAUGGAUGCAACUACGACAUGAACGCGAACUACGUGCAACAACACAAUGACACCACCGCUGUUUUCGAUUCAAUUUUGGCCUCAAAAUACCCGCUGAACAUCUUGAUCUACAAUGGAGACGCCGAUAUGGCCUGUCAGUUCCUCGGUGAUGAGUGGUUUAUCGAGGCGUUGGCGGAGAAGUACAAAAUGGUAUCGACAGCGAGAAACUCAUGGAAUUAUACAACUCCCGGAAAUAAUAGCUUUUUACCUCAAAUCGGCGGCUACUUCAAGACAUUCACCUAUUCACCGCAAGUGAAGAUCGAUUUGCUCACCGUAAAGGGUGGCGGUCACUUUGUGCCCACCGAUCGUCCCGGACCAGCGCUACAAAUGCUCUACAAUUUCAUGAACAAGAGAGAUUAUUCGAAGAGUGUCCCCGACACUAUCACUCGUCUCCCACUUUUGCCUCAAUAUCAACCAAAUUUGCCGAAAGUUCCGCAACGUUUGGCCGAUCGAAUCUUUUCAUUGCCCGGUCUCACCUAUGUGCCCAACUUUGCGCAACACUCGGGCUAUUUGAAUGUGAACAAUGGAAACUAUUUACAUUAUUGGUUUGUCGAAAGCCAGGGUGAUCCGUCAGUUGAUCCGAUCAUUUUGUGGCUAAAUGGAGGACCAGGAUGCUCAUCGCUUGGAGGCCUCUUCACUGAGCUUGGUCCAUUCCGACCGAAUCCCGACGGACAGACGCUCUUCGAGAACGUUUAUUCGUGGAAUAAGGCAGCCAGCAUUCUUUUCUUGGAAUCACCUCGUCAAGUCGGUUUCUCCUAUCAAGAUCACUCUGUCUCAAACGAUACGCUUUGGAACGAUGAAAAGACAGCCAAUGACAAUGUGGCCGCUAUCGUUGAGUUCUUCAAGCAAUACCCACCAUUCGGCGAUUACAUGAAUGAGUUCUAUGUGGCUGGUGAAUCAUAUGGUGGAGUUUAUGUGCCGACACUCACCGCAAAACUCAUUGAAAAGAUUCAGUCAAAAGAGCUGAACUUGAAUUUGAAAGGAAUGCUUGUUGGAAACGGAAUGAUCUCCACACUCCAAGAUAUUCGCUCUUUGCCGGACUUCAUGUACUUUCACGGAAUGUACGACAAAAGUGAUUGGGACAAUUUGCGUGCUUGCUGCCUCAAAUACUAUCCGCAAAGCAACUAUGCUCAGUGUGAUUACACAAAUUUCGUCUAUGUCGGAAAUGAUGGAGGAGUGUACGCACGAAAUUUCACCGAUCCAGACCAACAAGCUUGCGCGAAUCAAGUCGAACAGUUGGCCUAUGACAGAACGUGGAAUAUUAUAAACAACGAUGUCUACAACUUGUACCAAGAUUGUUAUACACAGACAACACCGGUAUUCGGUUCCGCAAUGGACUCUAGCCGGCAUUUCUCCUUUGAGGAAAUCAUCGCUCAAUACAAAAUGGGUCCAAAGAUUCACGUUCAAGCGGCAAUCACCGAUUUCUUGUCUCAACUCGAUCCGAUAUCCACCGAUUCCCAAGGCAGUUUCCAAUGUUACAUGACUGCAGCACUCACAAAAUAUCUCAAUCAAUCACAUGUUAGAGACACGAUGAAUAUUCCUGAUUUUGUUCAAGAAUGGUCAUUCUGCACAAACAAUCCGGAUUUCAACUACGUGCUUCAAUACAAUGACACUGGAUCAGUGUUCAAGAAGAUUGUCGAUAGUGGAUAUCCGAUGAGAAUUCUCGUCUACAACGGCGACCUUGAUACAGCUUGCUCAAUGUUUGAGGCCGAGUAUUUCUUAGAGGAUUUAGCACAAACGAAUCAAUUCACUACUGCCUACAAUCGUCAAGAAUGGAACUACAAUCUCGGCGACAACUAUGCCCAAUCGAUUGCUGGUUACACGAAACGUUUCCAGAAAGGGCAAACCACCAUCGAUCUAUUGACUGUUAAGGGUGCUGGUCACUUUGUGCCCACCGAUCGUCCCGGUCCGGCUCUUCAAAUGCUCUACAAUUUCCUGCAAAACGAUCAGACAUACAACAAGCGAGUACCGUAUGAUAUGAGCCGACAACCAUUAUUGCCGCAAUUCACCGAGGGCGGAAAUGGAGAAGCUUUCACAACGACUUUGAAUCCAUCAUCGACAACGACAUCGACAUCAUCGACAACCACCACCACAACCACAACGGCCACUCCGAAAACGAAUCCAACAACGCAGGGGGGGAAAUCUUCCUCAUCCCUUCAUCACCUCUUCUCAAUCUUUGUUGCACUUCUUCUUUUAGUUAAACCCUAUCUUUUC